CACACACACACACACGCCAGCUCUCUGGGUAUUAUUUGUAAGCCUCGCUAGCAAUACUAAAGUUUCAGUAUAUCCACCUUUCCCCUGCUGACUGAGCAGUGAGGGACAGAGGAGGGCAGAACUGUAUCAGGAAGCUGCAGCAACUAUGCCUGUUCUCCUCUCUUCAUUCUCAUGCCUCUUCCUCCUCUCCCUCUCGGUUUCCACUUCUGCCUCUGAAGAUGAUGCUGUGGUGGUCACAAGCAGUGGCCCUAUUAAAGGCAAGCACCUCACAGUCGGUUCUGGGUCUGUGACUGCCUUUCUGGGUAUCCCGUAUGCAGAGCCUCCACUGGGGAAACUGCGUUUCCAGAAGCCCCUUCCACAUCAGCCAUGGAGCCAUGUCUUGGAAGCCACUAGCUUUGGCAACUCCUGUUCUCAGAAAAAGCUUAUAGGCCUCCCGGAGAUAGAGAUAUGGACUCCUAAUAACCCACUUGCAGAGGACUGUCUCUUUCUGAACCUCUGGGUGCCCUAUCCAAGACCCUCCACUCCAGCUCCUAUCCUUGUAUGGAUCCAUGGUGGGGGGUUUAUCACGGGCGCAGCUUCACUAGACAUCUACAAUGGAGCAUUCUUAGCUGCUAAUGAGAAUGUCAUUGUGGCCUCCAUGAAUUACCGCUUGGGGGCUCUGGGGUUUCUUUACUUGCCACCGGAUGCCCCAGGAAAUGUGGGCUUGUGGGACCAAUGGCUGGCUCUAAAAUGGGUGAAGGAGAAUGCAGCUGCCUUUGGUGGGGACCCAGAUCAGUUGACUCUCCUUGGCCACAGUGCUGGAGCAGCCUCGGUGGGUUUCCACCUCCUCUCAUCAGCCAGCCAACCUCUUUUUGCCCGGGCUGUGCUUCAGAGUGGAGCUCCCAAUGCCCCCUGGGCUUGGAAGAAACCUGAAGAGGCCAAGGAAGAUGCUCUGAGGUUGAGCAACAGCAUGGGCUGUGCUAACAGUAAUCACAGUGCUAUUGUGAGCUGCCUACAGGGGAAGCAACUUGAGGAGAACACAUUUUAUGUACAGAGUCACAUCAACUCCUUGACUACAGAUGGGGCGUUCCUCCCUGAUGAGCCAUGGAAGCUUCUGGAGCACAUUCAUGCAAAACCACUUCUGACUGGUAUCACUGCUGAUGAAGGGUCUGUCUUCUUUAUGUUCAUUAAUGCCACAGAAGAUUAUGGGACAGAGUCCUGGAAGGCCAUCCUGAUAGGGAUGAUGGAAGAUGCCGUGAAGUCCAAUGGCAAAGCUGUGGUUGAAGCUAUGGCACUGAAGUACAACAACGACAGCAAUGAGGUUGCACGGUACCGUAGAGCUGCAGCCCAGUUUUUUGGAGAUUAUUGGUUUGUAUGCCCAAUGGCCGAAUUUGCUGCCAAGAUGGCAGGGACAAGGAGUCCUGUCUAUGCUUAUACCUUCACUCACCGCUCCAAUAGCUCCACUUGGCCUGAAUGGAUGGGCAUCCCCCAUGGAGCUGAAGUGCCAUAUCUGUUUGGAACCCUGGCACGAAUAAACCAAUCAUACACGGAAGCCGAGGCUGCACUGAGCCGCAGAGUGAUGGGGUACUGGGCCGAGUUUGCAAGAACUGGGAAUCCCACUGGGUCCGCAGCCAGUGAGUUACAGUGGCCCCUCUACAAUGCCACAGAGCAGAACUUCUUCCACAUCAACAUGGAUGCACCCCAGGUCACACAGUUAUCACCUGCCCCACUCUGUGAUUUUCUGGCCACACACCUGAAUGCAACACAUGAAUAGCUGAGAUCUUUCAGGGAAUAACUCAUGUAUGUGAAGGAAGAGAAUCACUCUCACGUUCCUGGAGUUAGUUAUUUACAGUUAACUGGAUCUGGAUUGGAACCUGCAGCUCCUAGAGAUAAAAUAUCUAUAUUGUUGCUUGAUCAAAAUUGGAAUGAAAAUAGAUAUAGAAAUGUGGCACCUGUUCUGUGGAUCCAGGAGAUUACACCCUUAGUCUAAUAUAUGCCAACAUGGAAAAGGAUCUAUUGCUUUAAAAUAAUAAUGAUCAAACAACUCUGGUGGCAUGGCCAUUUCUUUUUCUCUUGGUAGUAUAGCAAAGUUCCUGUAAGAGUGCUGUGGGAAGUGAAAGGUUAAUCAUGGGAGAGUGGUCUUAUAAACCAGAUGAGAGAUGAGUCUGAGAAGAAGUACUCUGUGUCUUCUCUGUGUGUGUUCUGCAAGAUGCCUGAUUGUAUCAAAAGCUCCUGAUGUUGAAUGUAGUGAUUCCUGAAUAUGAUAGAUAAAAUCUCUUUAACCUCUGAAGAAACAAAGAAACAUUCUACUGUGAAGACUGCAGGAACUGGUAGUACACAACAAGUGGAUGUGUUAAUUUUUGGCUCCGUGGCUUUGCGGUUUCACACAUUAUGGAGUAGCAAACUUAGGUUAGGACAUGUACAUGCAACAAGAAGCCCCAGCCAAACCAGUUACAUGUGAAACUGCCUUCUAUGGAGUCAAAGCUUUGGCCCAUUUAGUUCAGUAUUCCCUACCCUGACUGGUGGUAGCUCUCCAGAGUUUCAGGCAAGAGGCUUUCCUAGCCUUGCUGAUGUUUCCUGUCUGUUUUCCCUUGCAAUGAUUUGUUCAUGUCUUUAUGCAUUUGUAGAAAUCCUGUUUGGGAUGUCACAAAAAUAGCUGAUUUAUGUUUU